CAACCCACUUCAAACAAAGUCAGGAACCCGGAGAGUGCGUAAUUCAUUCGUCGGCUCUUCUUGUACCGAACAAAUCUCAUGUUACUUCGUGCCGACAGUCAAAUUAAUUGUUGUAUGUAAGGUCUUUUUAAACUCGAAGCUAGGUCGUCGAAUGUGAAGGUGAGGAGUAGAGUGUUAUGAGGAGUAGCUCAGGUCAUCACGACAUACCGACAGUGUCACACCAGGCAUUUAAAACCAAGUUGAUUUCUAAACAAGACUUGCUAAAAUUGUCUAACGGGCACGAUGUUGAACUCGAGGAGCCACUGGAGCCAAGGUUUCGAGUGUUCAGUCGUUUCUGGGACAAUGAACGAAAACGUUCCUACGCCUAUGACCCAGCAGGAGUCGUCAAUGUGGGGUCGUGUCCGUGAGAAAUGGAUGAGAAUGGAGACAGCUGAGGCAGAGGCAGCAAAUCCAAUCAAUCAAUGGAGACACCAACAACCACUCCAAGACUGGUCCGAAAUUCAGGAGAGAAAGGUUAAUCAAGUUAUCAAAAACUUUUAUAACCAAUCUCUCAACGAGACCCGUCCAGUGAAUACCAGCCUUCGCGAUGCUCACCAGUUUGCCGUCAGCUACACUGGCCGAGGCUUAUCUGCAGGCGACUUGCGCCAAGGCAUUUUCUCGCAACGCACACACCGAGGAAAAUACCGCCGACCAUUCUAAGUGGGGAAUGUUUACUACUCCUGACGAUAUUAAAUAUUUUGCCUUAAGUUCUAAUACUCACGUUAAUAUCGCUUUAAAAUUUAAAACUAAAAAAACUUUACAAAUAUCGAUUCUUCGCAAAAGGUAUGAAUUGCUAGUGUUCGGUUAAUUUCGUUUAUAUGAAUUAGGUCGGAAUACAUAAUAAUUUCGGUAGAAAAAAUAAUAUUGGCAUUUUGUUAUAAAUCAUGUCUUUAUGACCGAAUUGGCAUAAUUACUAAUUAGUUAGAAUAAAUAAGAACAAAGUGAGUUGUCAGCAAUAUACGUUUUUUAUUCAGUUCGCAAAAACAUUGGAACUAAAUUCCACUAAAUUUUAUUUCCAUUUUUAAUGAACACUCAAUUAGUAGUUAAAAAUAGAGGUAAUAAUAAUUUGAAAUUAUGCGUGUUCACAUUAGUCUACAUAUCAGUUAAAAAAUGUCGUCUUGAUUGUCAGUUAAUGAAAUAUUACGUAAAUUAUUUGCAUUCAUAAAUAUAGAUAUCACAAUUGAACUGGGUUUACAAUUUUUGUUGAUUUUUAAACGGGUUGGGUAUUUUAAUACUUGACAAUAUGUUAUAUUAAAUAAAUAAAAACAUAUUGGGAGGAAAUU